CCUCGCCUGGAGGCUUCGCAAACUUUCCAGCUUCCCUGUCCUUGCGUCAUGGAAAAGGCUGGAGCGUGACGGAGCGGCCCGCGGGGAGCGGCACGGAGCGGCCCAGGGCUUUUGCCAGUGCCGCCACUCGCCAUCCUGCCGGAGACGCAGCUCGGUGGGUGAGGAGGCCAGGCCGAACCUGGGCUUUUCUUUUUAAAGUCCUUGAGAAGAAAGCUCCAGCGGGUGAGGGGAGUCUGGCCUCCUGCUCCUGGCUGAUCAGGAUCCUGGGUUUUUUGGUUAAUGUGAGUUCAAGCCGAGAAGGUGGACGGUGCGGGCAGCAAAGUCAAAGCUGUGGGGACAUGAGGGGUUUGCGGAUGUGUCUGACGGAGGCUUAUGUCACCUAAACGGAGGGGCAGAGCAUGUCUGCACCCCAGGAAUGUCAUUUGGGACCGAGGAACUGAGUCCUCAAGAUUCACUGGCAUUUUUAGACCUUGAAAGUUACAUCUUAGACUACAUAUUUUUACUGCAUGGUUAAAUCAACUCAGCCCUUUCCCACAGCUCGGGACCAGGUUUUAAGCCAUAAAGAGAGUGUGUGCGGUGCCCUCCUCUGCCAGGAGCUGUUUAAGUACCUGAGCGAUUAUUUGCCUGUUCCCAAGGGCUGAGUUGCGUAGUCCUGCAGGAAACAGCCAUGGCGCUGAAAGCCCGAGCACUUUACAACUUCCAGAGUGAAAACAAAGAGGAGAUCAGCAUCCAGGAGAACGAGGAGCUGGUGAUCUUCAGUGAAAACUCCCUGGACGGGUGGCUGCAGGGCAAGAACAGCCGAGGGGAGACUGGCCUCUUCCCUGCCUCUUACGUGGAGAUCCUGCGGUCCAGGUCAAGCUCCAGUUAUACGGACUAUUCAAACAGCCCAGCUGGCUCUCCUGGACAUGACUCCUCCUUCUAUGUGCACCCUCCCAACACCAGCAUCUCCAACCAGGGCAGCUUUGAGGACGACGAUGACGAUGAUUGGGAUGACUGGGAUGAUGGCUGCACGGUGGUGGAGGAGCCCAGGAGUGGCCCUGGCACCAAUGGGCACCCCUCCCCUCACCUGCAGUACCCUGCGGUGUACCCCAGCCAGAACGCUGGCUAUCGACCCAAGCCUGCCCUAGAGAGACAGGACAGCAUAAGCUCCUCCAAGAGGGGCAGUGUGGUAGGGCGGAACCUCAACCGCUUCUCCUGUUUUGUCCGCUCGGGGGUGGAGGCCUUUAUCCUAGGAGACGUGCCCCUUAUGUCCAAGAUUGCGGAGGCUUAUUAUAUUGAGAUGGGGUCCAAGGGCCCCCAAUGGAGGGCCAAUCCACACCCUUUCAUCUGCUCUGUGGAGGACCCAACCAAGCAGACCAAAUUCAAGGGCAUCAAGAGCUACAUCUCUUAUAAGCUGACUCCCAGCAACAUCACCACCCCAGUCUAUCGGCGGUACAAGCACUUUGACUGGCUGUACAACCGCCUACUGCACAAGUUCACGGUGAUCUCAGUGCCCCAUUUGCCAGAGAAGCAGGCCACCGGGCGCUUUGAGGAGGACUUCAUCGAGAAGCGCAAGCGGAGGCUGAUUUUGUGGAUGGACCACAUGACCAGCCACCCCGUCCUCUCCCAGUAUGAGGGCUUCCAGCACUUCCUCACCUGCCGUGAUGACAAGCAAUGGAAACUGGGGAAGCGGCGGGCGGAGAAGGAUGAGAUGGUCGGGGCCAGCUUCCUGCUGACUCUUCAGAUCCCCACGGAGCACCAGGACCUGCAGGAUGUUGAGGACCGUGUGGACUCCUUCAAGGCCUUCAGCAAGAAAAUGGAUGACAGUGUCCUGCAGCUGACCAAUGUGGCCUCCGAGCUGGUCCGCAAGCAUUUGGGAGGCUUCAGGAAGGAGUUCCAGAAGCUGGGCAAUGCUUUCCAAGCCAUCAGCCACUCCUUCCAGAUGGACCCACCCUACAGCUCGGAUGCCCUCAACAAUGCCAUCUCCCACACAGGCAAGACAUACGAGACUGUAGGGGAGAUGUUUGCUGAGCAGCCCAAGAAUGACCUUUUCCUCAUGCUGGACACUCUCUCCUUAUACCAGGGGCUACUUUCCAACUUUCCGGACAUUAUUCACCUCCAAAAAGGAGCCUUUGCAAAGGUGAAAGAGAGUCAGCGGAUGAGUGAUGAGGGGAAAAUGGAUCAGGACGAGGCAGAUGGGAUUCGGAAACGUUGUCGUGUGGUCGGCUUCUCCCUGCAGGCUGAGAUGAACCACUUCCACGAGCGACGUAUGGCAGACUUCAAGAGAAUGAUGCAGUCCUACCUAAAACAGCAGAUCAUCUUCUACCAGAGAGUCAGCCAGCAGCUGGAGAGGACUUUACUUAUGUAUGACAACCUCUAAUGCCUUCCGACUUGAUGCAUUGGCUAAUCCCUCUUCAUCUGAACUCAUGUGGUUUUGUCUUUGGAACCUCCAGACCUCUGUUUGAGGUGAACUGAGAAUUAAUGGAAACUCAUAACGCUAGUGACCAAAAUCCAUUUGGCUUUCCUCCAUGUUCCUGGAGCUGAGGUGCUGCAGGGAAUGUUACAUUCAUGUCUUCCAACUGACUCAUGUCCGACUGACUCAUAUCAUACCGCUACCUUCCCUGAUAGCUGGACCCCUCCACCGAUUCUGUCUCUGAGAGACUGUGGAGAAGACAUGGGUAUCUUUCAUAAGGGAACAGACAUUGACUUUGUGGUGCUGGUAUCUCUGGUUUUGCAGUAAGUUGUAGCUUUUGGAAACAUGUCCCACUAGAGUAGGGAGGUUGAUACAUUACAGUCUAGAGGGAAAAUAAGUAGAGUUGGUCAAAAAUUUGCACACCAAAAACUUUUCUGAUGGAAAAAAAUGGCCUUUAUUUGAAAAUUUUUUGUGAAAAAAUUAUGGCAAUUUUUCCAUUUUUGACAAAUGUUUCCACAACAUUUUUACCAAUAAGUUUUUAAUAGAAAUGUUGAUGGAAAUCAUGUUCCAAAUCUUUGUCGGGUGUGUCUGUUUACCGAAAAUGUUCCAUAGUGUUUGCAAUAAAAAUUUCAACAUAGAAAUUUCA